AUGGCUCUGGUAGAUCUCCUCGCAGACUUGGAAGCUACAGCUAGUAGCUGCCCACUCAACUCCUCAAGCAGCGAGCUUAUCUCAAACUACUAUAGCGCCUACUUCUUCUCACUGUUUCUUUGUGACGACCUUAACGAAGCUCGUUUCCUUUCAAAGCGGAUCCCACUUGGUUUCCUCCAGUCGGACCCUCUCCUCAUAAGCACUUACACCCUCCUUCGAGCACUCUAUACGCGCUCAUACCAAAGUAUCUACACAACCCUCUCAUCAGCCCCCUGGUCGAGCAUUCUUACACCUCUGGUUUCUCGAUUCGAAAAGUACUUUCGUCGUAGGACCUUCAUUCUCUUGUCGAGGGCAUACACGACCAUCUCGCUCAAAUCUACAGCUAUCUUUUUAGGCUUAGAAGGAACAGAUGAGAAGGAGAGCUCAAUAAUCGCAAUGGUAGUCGCUGAGGGAUGGGGGCGUGAUGAAGCGACUGGUAUGCUAAAACCUGUGCCAAUUGAUGAUGACGACGACCUGAGGGAUCCGGAUGUCAAUGCAAAGGACGGUGGGAUUGCGAGAUUAACCGGGCUGGUCACGCAUUUGACAGAGGUUUGA